CUCCUCAUCCGGGGACUUUUUGGCCCUCCUGUUAGCCUCCCCAUCCGGGGCUUUUUGGCCCUCCUGUUUCAGCCUCUUCCUACGGGGCUGUUUGGCCCUCCUGUUUGUUAGCCUCCCCAUCCGGGGCUUUUUGGCCCUCCUGUUAGCCUCCCCAUCCGGGGCUGUUUGGCCCUCCUGUUGGCCUCCCCAUCCGGGGCUUUUUGGCCCUCCUGUUGGCCUCCUCAUCCGGGGCUUUUUGGCCCUCCUGUUAGCCUCCCCAUCCGGGGCUUUUUGGCCCUCCUGUUAGCCUCCCCAUCCGGGGCUUUUUGGCCCUCCUGUUAGCCUCCUCAUCCGGGACUUUUUGGCCCCCCGGUUAGCCUCCCCAUCCGGGGCUUUGCGGCCCUCCUGUUAGCCUCCCCAUCCGGGGCUUUUGGGCCCUGCUGUCAGCCUCCCCAUCCGGGUCUUUUCGGCCCUCCCGUUCGUUAGCCUCCUCAUCCGGGGCUUUUCGGCCCCGCCGUCCGUUGGCCUCCCCAUGCGGCGGGUCCGUUUGGGCGGCCCGCUGUAGCCUCCCCAUCCGGCCGUCAGCCCCCCCCAUCCGGGGCCCCGCCGCCGCCGCCGCCGUCGCCGUCCCCCCCGCCCCUCUCCGCGCUCCCGCGGCCAUGACCAUCCUCCCGAAGAAGAAGCCGCCCCCGCCGCCGGCGCCGGACACGGACCAGGCGUCGGAGGCGGCCCAGCCGUCGGGGCAGGCCCAGCGGCGCGGCGCGGGGGAGCGGGGCGGGGGAGACGCCCACCCGCGCGGCCCCGCGGGGGCCCGGCCCCGGGCCUCGCCGCCGCCGCCGCACCGCUGCUGGGCGCUCCCGGGGCCGCAGGCCGGGGCCCGGCCGCAGCAGGCCUCGCCGCCGCCCGGUUGCAGCGGGCAGGGCCAGGGGGACCCGGCCGGGGGGCCCGGGGGCAGCACCGGAGGACCUGCGGGAGGAGGAGGAGGAGGAGGUGGAGCCGGGGGCAACGGCGGAGGAGGAGGAGGAGGAGCCGCGGGGGGCGGCUGCUGCUCCGGCCCCGGUCACAGCAAGCGGCGGAGGCAGACCCCCGGACCCACCGGACCCGGCGGCCCCGGCGGCGGCCCCUCCACCAGCCCCGACCGCGACGAAGGCGGCGCCGGCUACAACAGCGAGGAUGAGUACGACACGGCCGCCGCACGCGUCGAAGCCAUGGACCCCGCCACCGUGGAGCAGCAGGAACACUGGUUUGAGAAGGCCCUGCGGGACAAGAAAGGUUUCAUCAUCAAGCAGAUGAAGGAAGACGGCGCCUGCUUGUUCCGAGCUGUCGCCGAUCAAGUGUACGGUGACCAGGAUAUGCACGAGGUCGUCCGGAAGCACUGCAUGGACUAUCUGAUGAAGAACGCCGACUACUUUUCCAACUACGUCACGGAAGACUUCACCACGUACAUCAACCGGAAGCGAAAAAACAACUGCCACGGCAACCACAUUGAGAUGCAGGCCAUGGCCGAGAUGUACAACCGGCCCGUGGAGGUGUAUCAGUACAGCACAGAGCCCAUCAACACGUUCCAUGGCAUCCAGCAGAAUGAGGACGAGCCAAUCCGGGUCAGCUACCACCGCAACAUCCACUACAAUUCGGUGGUGAAUCCCAACAAAGCCACGAUAGGGGUGGGACUAGGACUCCCCUCCUUCAAACCUGGGUUUGCCGAGCAGUCCCUGAUGAAGAACGCCAUCAAGACCUCAGAGGAGUCUUGGAUUGAGCAGCAGAUGCUGGAGGACAAGAAGCGAGCCACCGACUGGGAGGCCACCAAUGAGGCCAUCGAGGAGCAGGUGGCCCGCGAGUCCUACCUGCAGUGGCUCCGGGACCAGGAGAAGCAGGCCAGACAGCCCCGGAAAGCCAGUGCCACCUGCAGCUCGGCCACAGCCGCCGCCUCCAGCGGCCUGGAAGAGUGGACCAGUCGGUCCCCCCGGCAGCGCAGCUCAGCCUCGUCCCCCGAACACCCGGAACUGCACGGAGAACUGGGCACCAAGCCCCCCUCGCCGGGCACCGCCGCCGCCCUCGCCCUCACCAAGCCCCCCUCGCCCUGCGCCCCAGGUACGAGCAGUCAGUCGUCCGUGGGGGCCGACCGUGCCACCUCCCCCCUCGUGUCCCUGUACCCUGCCCUGGAGUGCCGGGCGCUCAUCCAGCAGAUGUCCCCCACCGCCUUUGGUCUGAACGACUGGGACGAUGACGAGAUCCUAGCCUCGGUGCUGGCCGUUUCCCAACAGGAAUACCUGGACAGUAUGAAGAAAAACACACUGCACAGAGACCCUCCCCCGGACAAGAGUUGAUAUCUAGUCAAGGAAGUCCUCCUCCUCCUCCUCCUCCUCCGCCCUCGACCCGUCCCUCCCGCGGCCCAGCCGGACCAGACGCACACGCACACAGCCCGAGGCCCGGCCCUGCCCCUGCCCCUCUAUCAUGCGCGCCCCCCUUGAUCUCCCCCGGCCUCCCGACGAUAAUUAUACUCUCCGUCCCCCCGUACUUCCUUGCUAGCCACAGCGGACUUACCUAGGUGCAUGUUUUGAUGAUGAUGAUGAUGAUGAGAAAGAGUGAGAGAGUGAGUGAGUGAGUGGGACAGUGUGAGUGUGUAUGUGUGGGUGUGAGAGAGAGAGAAUGAGAGAGAAGCCCCCGAGGUGAGCAAUCCCCAACAAUGUCAGUAAUUCUUGAUUCUCAAUUCAGAUUUUUGUUGCGGGGCAGGUGGGGCAGAAGGAAGAACUUCUUCCCCCUUCCCGCCUCCCUCGCCGCCAUCACUUCAGGGGCCACGAGGCCCCUGAGUGCCCCCGUCCCUGCCACUGAGGGCAUCCGAGCAUUCAAUUUUUUUUUUCCUUUGUUAAAAAUUAAUUUUGUCUUAUAAAAAAACAACAACCACCCAGUCCCAACGGAGAAGAGAUGGCUUCUCUCUGGACAGCGAAGGGGGUUGGAGGGAUGGGCGUAGCGGGACGGAGAGGGAAGGGGUUAGCCGCAGUUGGUGGGGUGGAGGGCGUAGAGAUCCACGGCGAGGGUGCCGGAAAGGGGUGAGAGGUGAGCGCGGGUGGCCUGAGCACCGCGUGUCCCGUGGUACGGGGAUCUCAAUGGGUGGGCAGUCGGCAUCCGUGGCGCCGCCGAGGCUUCCGACCCCACGGGCCGGGGGAUCCGGCCGGGGACGGAGCAACCGGGCCCCGCAGACCCCGGGGCCGGGGCCGGGGGGCAGAGGAAGGGCAGAGAGGGGUGUCAUGGGCGACGCCUUGAGGGACCCUGGUGUGAGCGACCCCGACACCCCUACCCACCCCAUCCCGCCCUACCGCCGCUCGAGGGCUUCGGAAGAUGGGAUGGACUUCCCAGCCCCAGACCCGCCAACUCCCAGGAGGUCGCCCGGGCCCCGGCCGCCGACGAACUCUCCUGCAACCCAGGAAAGGGAUUCACCAAGCCCUCCCCGGGGGCCUAGCGUUUGACAUUACCGUGCCUCCUGGAAGGUAGGGGGCCCGGGCGCCGCCCAACACGGGACGAUGGACAUCCCGUUCUCCCUGCUUCGGGGCCUCCCGCACAAUGGGGAUGCCCGAGGGAGCCGGACGGGGGGGAGGCGAGGAGCAGGGUGCCUCCCUCCCCUGCAGGUUUUUGAAUCUCUGCCGUUUGUAACGUCCUUGGCACAAUAAAACCAAAUGUCAGUUU